AUGUCAAGAAUCCCUGGGAAGUAUGCAAUAGCGGAGGGAUGUUGCAGAAAAAUUCAGAAUGGCCCCUCUAUGGUAUUUAGACUUGGAACGCUUAACGUUGGAUCACUGACUGGCCGCAGCACGAAAAUCGCAGAAAUGCUCGAGCGUAGAAGGAUUUGCAUCUACUGCCUUCAGGAAAUCGAAUGGUGUUUCGUUCAACUUAAAAAUACAGAAGCCGAUAUCAAACGCAAUAAAUUCAACCAGUUCUGUCGAAACGACAGAUUCGACCUCAUAUACAGUUUAGUCUACACAAUUUUUGAUCUGCUGUUCGAGAACCAAUACAAAAAUGAAAAGACGGAAAAAAAGGAAAAAAUCUUAAAAAUCCAGGAAUUUGUUGAAAUGUUGAAAAAAGGGAAGAAGAAGGAGAAAGUGAACAUCAGGUUGAUGAAAAAAAAUUGUGAGAUAACAGAAGACAGAGAAAAUCCAGAUAAAUUGUAUAAUAAGAAAAAUGAAGAAAUUAAUGAUAUAGCCUUAUGGCCAGCCAGUUUGUCUGAUUCAUUUAUUGACUAUAUUUUAAAAAAUAAACCAGAAAAUAUAGGAAAUAUAGAAAACUUAAAAUCGGUGUUUAAAGAAAAAGAUGAUGUUUACUACAGCAGAGGACUCUCUAAUGAUCAUUUUUAUAGAAAAAAAUCAAACGGAGUUUUGGAAAAAAGAACAUGGCUGGUAUUUUCCGAAAAAAUGAAUAAAUACGAAACCGCUCUUAUGACUGUUAUUUGGAAUUGUAUCCUGCAAAGAAAAAAUUCUACCAGUAAGUCACUGCAAUCAAUAGAAUGUGAAUUAUUUAAAGGAUCAAUGCUACUUAAAUCAUUAGACAGUUUUAUUGAGAAUUUUAGAAAUGAUUAUGAAAAAGUUAUGACAGAAGCAACCGAUUUAUCAGGAUUACAAUCUUUUAGUGAGGAAGAUGAAGUAACUUUUAACAGAAGAAAAAGAAAUGCGUUUUUUGAUGAAAAUAAUGAAGAGUAUAAAUUUACAACUAGAGAUAAUUUUAAAAUCAAUACAUUUUAUGUCAUAUGCGAUAGUAUUAAAACACUAUUGCUACAAAGAGUUCAAAAAUAUGAGGUUGUUUUGGAACAUUUUCGUAUAUUUCUUAAUUGGAAUUUGUCAGAAGAAAGAAUUGAAAAAUAUUUACAGAAAUAA